CUCAAAUAGGCUAUAUGCAGUCAGAUCAGCAAAAAUGGCAACCAUCUAAUCAAUAUACGGCGCAGCGGCAAACAAAGCCAGCUCAUAGCUUGAAUACACAACAGCAAUAUGUGCCGCACAUGCAACAUUUGGCGACUCCAGAGCAGUUUUCACUUUCAGCGAUUUUACAGCAAAUGAAUCCAGUGAAUUUGAAUCCUAUUUUAGAUACCAUGACUCAGCAGCCAGUACUGAAUGAUCCAAACGGCGAUUUGGACACACUAAAGUUUUCGUUUCCUGAAUAAAUCAGUAUUACUAAUCCAUUUAGAAUCAGGGUGCUGUGCAACAGGAACCACCAUGAAUAUUGAAAUAAAGAUGCAGCUCAAAUUUAACGGUCAGCUCGGGUAUUGCAGUACCAACCGGAUGGAUUCGAGUGCAAUUUCCAAGCGUUUUCCACAUCAAAAACAUCUCGUACCAAGACAGUUUCAGCUCGACAUCUAGCCUGGGUCUAUCGGUUUAAACACAUUAAAAAAGCGGCGCUUUUAGUAUCCAUUCCCAGCCAAUAUAUAUACAUUAUACCAAAGUAUUAUUUCGCAUGGUUCGCUUGGUUACUGCCUGUGAAAACUGUGUUCGUAAGAAGCGACGAUGCGACCGUCUUAAACCAUCUUGCUCGGCAUGUCUGCAAGCAAGAAUGCCUUGUGUGUACAUGAGUGCACCAUCUCGGAAACGAGCCAAUUCUCUUACGGCCGAAUCCAACCAUGACAGUGACGAUGGUGCUGCAGCUCCUCCUGAAGCAGAUGCCACAGAGCUUGCUGAGCGAGUUCAACUUCUCGAGUCUUUGGUGCAAUCGCUCGAAGAUCGCUUGCUUAUUCCAGCAAGUGAUCACUACGGUUCUACUGGUAGGCUGUUGGAUUCUAUUCCAACCCAGGAAUACGGGCCAGGCAGAAACAGCUACGCUGAUCUGCAGUCUGGUAAAUUAGCCAGUAUAGGCUCUUCCUCUGCAUUCAGGCUUGGACACACUACUCUUGACGGAGCUUCUUCUGACCCACAUUUGCCUGCGUUGCAAUCCUCCCACUCGUCAUCUGUUGUAUCCUUAUCGCUGGCUCCAUUCACAGCACAUGCUAGUCCUGUCAUCUUCAACCACACAGAACUCGACUUUAUCAAUCGACUGGAUCUUACCAACAGAUCUGUCAAAGUAUUUGGUCCCCAUAUGACGUUUAUCAAUAUCCCGUUUUUAAUUCGGUGUAUACAUGAAUGCAGGUUUUUAGAGCUGUCUCUGUACUCCAUGUUACUUUCUGGACCGUUAGAUAUGUUGGAUUUCCCUGGACGGCAGGAGCUUGCUAUGCGAUGCUACGAAGCUGCAUUGUAUGAAUUGCAUCAUGCCUCAAACAAGGAGUCGGUUGCUACUGUUUUGGGGCUACAUUCCAUGGCACUGUGUUCUAUCUCGAUUGGAUUUCAUGCAUUUAUUGAAAAGGCAAAGCAUAUAGCUGUCACCAUUGGGCUCAAUGACGAGACCCGAAUCAAGCGGAUCCCUUCUUCAAUGGAAGAUCACAAUUGUUGUCGUGGUGUAUGGUGGGGAUUAGCCCAGCUUGACUGGGUCCAGUCAUUUGCUUGGAAAAUAAUGCCGAGAAUCCCAGAAUCGCUACACACUGUCCGGUUUCCAACUGAAGAAAUUCCAACGAAAUUUGGCAAAAUGGUAUUUAAUCCGACGGAAAGCACACUGUCAGAUCGAGAUAUUGAAAUAGAAGUUGCAUCCAAUUCACUAGCAGGAUGCUUUGUACCUUGUAAACCAGGGUGUUCCGUUGCAGUGUCCUAUCUCACUAUUCAGCGAAUCAUGUCGAAAAUUGGAGUUACUGUUCAGCUGUUUGGUAUAUUGCAAGCCAAAUCAAAGAAAGCACUUGAUGCAAGCCAACAUCAACAAGACCAGCGUUUGGUACUUUUGGAAGCCUCACUCAACGGGUGGUGGUAUGCGAUUCCAGACAGUGUUCGUCGAUUUUCGCAACACCUUGCUCUAUAUCACAGCUCACACAAUAAUGAAAUACCACCAUCUAGCCGACCGUCAAUUGGAAUAAAUGACGAAUUGGAUCUGACGAUUCCUCAGACAUGGCGACCAAUCAUGAUUCUGGUGCAAGCACAUUUGGGGCGAAUACUAAUUCGUCAGGAGAGGUGGGCAACGGCAAUUCUAAAUAAUCCAGUUACUGCACCAACCUCAUUGGCAUUCCGUGAAUCACUUCAUGCUGCAUUUGAAGCAUCGUUUAUCCUGUCACUAGUCACACACCAUAGGGUAUUCAGUAUGAUCAGUCCCAUGUUUCGUAUACAACUCUCUGAUCUAGCCGUAUUUUUUAUGAUUGCAAGCAAAUUGCGACUUGAUGCACAGGAGAAUACACGAGUGAGUGAAGGUCUCGUAACCCUAGCCAACAUAUUCAGUAAUAUCAACUGUGCGUGGACAGAAACCAUGACCAAAAUCAAUGCACUCAUGCUUGAUCAUCUGUCAACGUUUGACGAUCCAGUGAAAAUGAUGAUGCGAUUAGAUGAGAUUCGAGUUGCUGCACCGCCCAUGUAUAUGAAUGAAACACAACAGCCCGAGCAUCCUUUUGGAGGAAAUGUAUCAGCACGACCGACUAUGGAAAACAUGAAUACGACGAUACCUGGUGGAGGGAUGUAA